AAGGGAGGAACGGGGCACUCCUCAAAUUACAGAGGUUCCUUCUGUUAUCUUAGACCUUCGUUAUCAAGUGACACAGGAUGCACUGAAACACUCCGCAAGCUGCUUUUUCCAGGCUGGAGCUACACAGCAAACAGAAAGGGAGAGGGAAAACGCAGACGUCCCCAGCCCCUCGCAGGGCAGCGCACACCGCGGGGCCUCCCUGCCCAAGCCCCCGAGGAGGGGGCUCUGUGGAGGGGGCUGCCCGCACGAGCGCGGCUGGGCUGGGCACCCAGCGCCUGCCCACCAGGGCGAUGGAGAGCUCCUCGCUGCCUGGCUGAGGCUGCAUCGCCCCAAGGACUUCGCGUGCUACCAUGCCAGCCCAGCAGAAGAAAAUCAUCUUCUGCAUAGCUGGGGUGUUCAGCUUCGCUUGUGCCCUGGGAACUGCAGCAGCCAUCGGCACUCAGCUGUGGAUUAGAGGAACGAUCCUCUGCAAGACCGGAGCCCUGCUCGUCAACGCCACCGGGAAGGAGCUGGAGAAGUUCAUCGGGGAAAUCCAGUACGGGCUUUUCUAUGGCGAGCGAGUGAGACAGUGUGGGCUCGGGGGGAGACCUUUUCAGUUUUCAUUUUUUCCAGAUCUGCUCAAAAUCAUCCCUGCAAGUAUCCAUGUGAGCAUCAUUCUCUUCUGCACACUGCUGAUCAUCUUUGCCCUGGUGGGAACAGGUUUCUUCAUGUACAAUGCUUUUGGCAGCCCCUAUGAAACCCUGCAUGGCCCUGUAGGGUUGUACCUCUGGACCUUUAUUGCAUGUAAGAUUUCUAAUGUGAUGAGCAUCUCUCAUGCUCUUUCAGGUUCCUGCAGUUGUCUCAUCCUGAUUCUCUUCUCCUCAGAGGUGAAGAUCCACCACCUUUCAGAAAAAAUUGCUAAUUUUAAAGAGGGAAGUUUUACAUUUAAAACUCACAGUGAACAGUUUGCAGAUUCCUUCUGGAUCAUCCUAGGCUGCUCCUUGGUGCACUUCAUGAACGCCCUCUUGAUUCGCUUUGCUGGAUUUCAGUUUCCUUUUUCAAAAUCAAAGGAUUCAGCGACAACCACUGGAGCAGUCGACCUGAUGUAUUAGAUUUACAUAAUUUAUGAACAUUUAAAGCAAAGAGGUUUAUCACUGCUAUCUUCAACAACCACCAGGCAUACUAACUUUUAAAUGAUUAGCUCUAAAGAAAUUAAAAACAAGAGAAGGUUUUAGAUAAAUGUCAAUGUGACAUAUGCAGUAAACAAAAGAUAACAUGCUAUUUGGUGGCAUCUAAAUCAAAAUACAUUUUCUUUCUUGGAGUAAAACCUUAUCAAGAUAUCUACUCUUCCUUCCUCCAGGAACUUAUUUUAGAAGUAGGUGGUAUGAACACAAAUUAAUCAAUAGCAUUGAACUGAAUCUAGAUAGUAAAAUAAGUAGUUGACCACAUAAGAGUUUGCUAUCACCAGCAGCACAGUUUUGACCUUUAACUGUUGUAAAAGCCACGAUGCAACCAUCACAUCAGGGCAGCAGACCACAAGGGGAAAGAACAGCAGGGCCAAGAGGAGAAAGCCCUCGGGCUUUGUGCCUCAGGCACUGCCCGAGAAGCCCCACUGGAGGGGAAGACAUGGCUAAGCACCCAAACCCACCACUGACACUUUAAGCUUGUCACAUGUGGCAAUGCCAUUAAUUCUGUCCACAGACCUCUCUGGAGUUUUUAAUUUUAAAAGCCCAAACUAUAAUUCUUUGACCCUGAAUUCUGAGUUCCCCAGUGCAAUCACCGCAGCUGCACGUAUGACAUGCCUUGGUUAAUUGGUUAAAGGCAUACACAAGAAAACUGCUGUUUUUUAACCCAGCCAGCAGCUCAGCACCACACAGACA